AAUAUAUCUUUAUUGUAUGACUUAUAUCGACUUGCAUUUGUAAAUUUUAAAAUUGUGCCUCUUUUCUGCAAUAGAUUAUUAGGGAGUGGCUCUUCCUUUUGUAAAUUUUAAUGUGCUGCCUAUACAGAGAGUCUACAGAGAUGUUAGUUUUCUUGCAUGAACUUUCAUUGAUGGUGUCAGACAAUAUGAACCAUUUUUUAAUUAAACAUUAUUCAGCUUAACAGACAUAGAGGACACAAUAGUUUUUGUAUUUUGCUUAGCUGAGGAUAGCAAAAAAUUAUGUUUGCAGUUAAGACUUUGGAUCCAUAAAUAUUUCUGUUUCCACUACAAGUUAUGCACCCCUAGUGUGUUGGUGUUUCUUAAUCUGUUGUUUUAACUGAGCUGUCCGUGAAACCAUGACCAGAAUUUCUUUACUUGAAUUCUGACUUAGCUGUAAAUUUCUAGGCAGUUUGCAUUCUGUAGUAGAGAAGGUUCCAGAUUUUUCAUGCUAUUGUGGACCAUGGUGGGAGAUAAAAUUCUCAAAGACGGCAGAUUUUGAAAUUUCUUCGGAAGGGGAAAUAUAUUUUCAGUUGAUUGAUGUGUCUAAAAGAAUGGUGGUAUCUCUCUCACUUUUCUGUUAGUUUUUGUGGAUCUUUGUUGAUUUUCUAGGAUUACAAGGAGAUAAUGACAUGUUUGCUGAAUCUGAAAGACAUGAGGGGGGCUGUUUAUGCAUGGCGAUGCACCUGCAGGGGAGGUUUUGUCAUUUGGCUUCAGGAUGGUUUUCCAGAUGUCCUGGCAUGUGGUUGAAAUCCCAGAAGUCUUCAGCAAUUAUACAUGGUGACUUUGGCUGGAUAUGCAUGUGGCGUUAAGCUUUUAGCCUUGACAUUGCCAGCAUGAGUGAAACUGGGAAGGAGUAGCCAUUACCAGCAUGGAUGAAACAGGGGAGCAGGGAUGCCCUGUUUGGCAAUACGCCUUCCGUCGGUGCCUUGGAAACUGCUGGACAAUUUGAAGGGAUGCAUGUCUUUGGGGUAGAACCUUCUAGUCCUAUUAGAAGAUGGUGGGGAGAGUAAAAUUCAGGUUUCCGGUUAAGAUUUGCUUUCGGAAAAUGAGGGAGGCCUAACAAAACGGAGUGCCACGUUGUUCCCUGACAGCUACAACUAUCUAGAAGUCUUCAGGGAAGUAAAGCAACCAGUUUUCUGACAACCCACAAGCCUAAAUUUACAGUCUCCGGUUAAAAUCGGAAGAACGGAGAGUAGGGGAGCAAACCUCAGAUGACGAUAUCUUGUCUUGGUGGAUGGGAACGACGGCCGCAAAUGCAAUGGCUAAUAUAUUUGAAGUGACUAAUACCACGAGAUGAGCAUGGUGUAGCGCGCGUUGAUCUUUGACAAUGGCACUCUGGUGCCACCUGUGCAUCCUAUUCAACAGCCGAUAUGUUAUACUACUACAGAAGGUCAAGUGUAUCCAUUCCUCUGACUUGUUCACAACUACGACACAAAGGUAUCCUAAUCAGGAGAUGGAUACGAGUUGAGAGGUUUCAUCCCUAUAAUGAACCCCAACAAGAUUUUCCCCACUUCAACAGAAACAGAACCUAUGGAGCUCAGACACCCUAGCGGCAAGGAUGAGAGCCUGUUCAUGUGCUCUGAACUCUACAUCGCAGCGUUCAAGGGACGCACACAGGAGGUCGCCGGCCUCCUGACUGGAAGAAACAUCAGCGGCAUACCGGCGGCAGCUCGUCACGGCGGGCCUGCUAAGGUGGCCGGUCACGGCGGACGAUGCACGGCCCAUGAGGUCACGGCGGAGCGUAACACGGUCCUCCACAUCGCCGCCGGGCAGGGCCAUGGCGGCCUCGUCGCCGAGCUCUGCUACAGCUACAGCUCCCUCCUCUCCGCCGUGAACAGGGCGCUGGACACGCCGCUGCACAGCGCGGCGAGGGCAGGCCACGCCGACGCCGUGGAGACAAUCGUACGGUCGGCCCGAGCCAACGUGGAGGAAGACGCCCUCCGGGGGAUCCUCCACGGCAAGAACGAGGCCGGGGACACCGCGCUGCACGUCGCGGCGAGGCAUGGUCACCUCGCGGCGGUGGAGACGCUCGUGAAGCUGGCGCCGGAGCUGGUGGCGGAGACGAACGGUGCCGGAGUGUCGGCCCUGUACCUAGCGGUGAUGAGCGGGUCGGUGGAUGCCGUGAGGGCGAUCGUCGUCUCGGUCUCGCACGGGGACGCGUCGGCUGCCGGGACGGACUCGCAGAACGCUCUGCACGCUGCUGUUCUCCAAAGUUCAGAAAUGGUUGCUCUGCUCUUGCAAUUGAGGCCAGCACUCGCCGGCACUAUCGACGCGAACAAGAGCAGCCCUCUGCACUUUGCCGCAUCUGACGGGGACUGCUUGAUCAUCGAAGCGCUCCUAGCGCAUUCACCGCCAAGCACUGUAUAUCUCCAGGAUAAUGAUGGCAUCUCAGCUCUGCACGCCGCGGCACUGAUGGGCCAUGUCGCCGCUGUCCGGUUGUUGCUACGAUUGUACCCCGCUUGUGCAGACAUUUGUGAUGACCGCGGUAGAAACUUCCUGCACGCUGCAGCCAUGAGGGGCCGCUCCUCCAUCGUGUCUUAUGUUAUAAAGAACAAGAUGCUGGAGCAUCUUAUGAACUCCCAGGACAGGGAAGGAAAUACGCCGCUCCAUUUGGCUGUGGUGGCUGGGGAACACAAAGUUAUAUCCAAGCUGUUAGCAUGUAAGAAGGUGCAUUCCCACGUUAUGAACAAUGAUGGCCGGACUCCAGCUGAUCUCAUAGAGGAUUCUACAGGGUUCUACUCAAUGGUAAGGCUAGUAGUGAAAUUCUAUGUUAAUGGAGCACCAUUCAGACCAGAGAGGCAAGACCAUAUAGAGAAAUGGAAGGGUCAGAAUAUCAUGAAAUGGCGAGAGACCACAUCGAAAAAUCUCGCAAUUGUCUCCACUCUAGUGGCGACGGUCGCCUUCUCGGCAGCAUUCAACGUGCCUGGAUCAUAUGGGUCUGAUGGAAAGGCAAAUCUUGGCGGAGAUCGUUUGUACAAUGCCUUCCUAGCCCUGGAUACCAUCGCUGUGACCACUUCCGUGGUUGCGACGAUACUGUUGAUAUAUGGGAGAGCUUCGCGGUCACACCGCUCGUGGAUCGGCUUCAUGAUCUCGAUGCACUUCCUUUGGCUGGCAUUGAACAGCAUGAUGCUAGGUUUCUUCAUGGCUAUAGCCGCUGUGAUGAGCGAUAAGAAUCCCAUGAAGAUCGCAUUGUCUCAGCUGAUGUACCUUGGAUUGUACAUCAUGAUGACGCUGCUUGCAUGCCUCGCAACGCCUGGAUCACUUGGAGGAGUUGUGCAGUUUUUGGUUGGCAGUAGGUCGGAACCACGACGGCGUUCCAAGAGACGCAUAAGCCGGCAAUUUCCCUUUGUCAUGUUUUAUGCCUUCAACGUUGUUGCAUUCAUCAUUGUAAAUACUAUAGUACUUGUAUCUGUUAAUGUCAGUGGCCGCUUGCCACGGUAGAAUUGCUCAGUUAACAACAUGCAAUUUUUUUAGGGUUGUUUGGUA